AUGUAUCUGAUUGUAAACGGACCUGAGAUUUGGAAGGACACUGCUGGCAAGGUGGACAUAUUUGUAGCUGGUUCUGGCUCAGGAGGUACGGUAUCUUGUGUUGAAAAGUAUCUGAAGAUGCAAAACCCAGGUAUCAAGAUCAUCUGUGUUGAGCCUACAGAGAGUCCAGUUGUUUCAGGUGGAGAACCUGGCAAACAUAAAAUCCAGGGCAUAGGACCAGGAUUUAUACCUGAAGUACUGGACACCUCGGUUAUUGAUGAUGCUGUCACAGUGACCACUGAGGAGGCGAUAGGGAAUGCAAGGAGGCUGAGGAAGGAAGAGGGCCUCCUUGUGGGCAUAUCUUCUGGAGCAAACUUGGCAGCUUGCUUGAAGGUCGCGUCGAGGGAAGAAAACAAGGGGAAGAUGAUUGUCACCAUGUUCCCAAGCCGGGGCGAGAAAUACAUGAACUCCGACCUAUUUGCAGAUGUGAGAGAGGAGUGUAUUGCAAUGACAUUUAGAUCUCAACAGAAGAGGGCUGUCCUCCAAAGUUCCAGCCGACAAACGCCCAAUCGGCAUCUGCUAUAUGUCGUAGCUCAUAUACAGUGA